UAGGGGUACAAAAUCGUACCAACUGCUCAACAACAUAGAUUUUUUUUUUUUAAAUGACAGAUAUUCAAACAACAUCUUCAAGUAAUAUCUUCUCGUUGAUGCAUUUCUUUCCAAAAUCCCACCAAAUUCUCAGUUGGUCUCUUGUGAGAUCUCUUUUGUUUUUGAAGGAAAACUGAAAUUAUGUCAUUCCAUAUUCUACUAUUUAGUGUUUUUUUUGUACAACGUUUUACUAAAUUGUCUUGCCAUUAGGGUUUUAUCCGAUUUCUCAGUGGCAUCAUCACAAAAUUAAAGUGAGUGGGUUUUUUGUGUUUGUUUUUAAACAAUUUCGGAGCAAAUGCUCACGAGAUUAGGCUCUUUUCCCAGAUUUUUCUCAUACACCUUUUAGUUUACAAAACAAAAUCAGUUGAGAUUUUUGACGCUAUCCUUAUCCGGCUAAAAGAUCUCCUUUGUAAAUGUACACAAACAUAAUUCCGUCACCAUGUUUUAAAAGACUGUCGUCAUACUAAUCCCAUGCAGUGAUGAGUUAUUCUCAACUGCAGAUGGCUGCGGUCCAGGACGUCCCUGAGAUAGUAGCAUCCGACGUCACUCACUCUCUGACCUUGUUACACGGUGUGUGUAACCAUGGCAAUUCAGUGUUCCUGAUGUUCCUAGUCGUCUGGUCGGCCAUGCGUGCGCGUCAUCACAGCUCUGGCAUCGUCUGCUCCGCGCGUCAUUACCUCGCCGGCCUGAGCCCGGUUAGGUUGACAGGCAAAUUGCCGGUGUCGGAUUUUCCUCCGCUGACGUCCGAAAACGAUUUACUCUAACAGUGGGGAAUGCUGAAAUGUUUGCACACUGCGGAGUGGGUCAUUGUGUCUGUUCAGCCAUGGUGGCAUUUAUCCGCUCCUGAGUUAAGCAAGCGAAAUAUUUUGGCUGCAGUCCAGUGGGGCCAAGUGACGUGUGCACAAGAACCCUGACCUGGAACGUCUGUGAUGUACACACAAUUGGGUGUGCUGUGUUAUCACACUUGAUUCAUUUGACCCAACUGCACACCAGAGACAUGUGUUGUGCUCCUCAGCAGUCCAAACGUGACAUAGUGGUACCUUGAUUUAAGUUGACGAAAUGGACUUGUUUGUGAAUUCAGCUUUUCCCAUUGAAACAAAUUGAACGCAAUCAAAAAGUUUUACUGAACAGUGUUGGACUGUACAAAAACCCCUCUGUGAUAACAUUUGUUCUCCAGAUACCCUGCAAAUACGGAAUAUGCCAGCAGGAAACAAUACUGCACCUAAUAUUUUAUCUUUCCUUGUUUCCGUGUUCUUCUUUCUGGAAAGAUUAAUGUAAAGAUAUAAAUCUUUCGCCUGCAUUUUUUUCAAGUGCCUUAUUCUGAUUGUGAGUAGCAUAUUUCAUUUCAACUAGAAGGGAAGCGAUGAUAGAGACUUGAUGACAGAGUGUUCAUCAAAUGACAAAAGUGCAUCUCUAUUCACAAAUCAGUGCUGUGACUGUCACCAUGGUAACAAUCCAGUAGGUCGGCAGAACGGUCGCUACGAAAUUGAUGUCCUUAAGCCUCAGAAAUGGUCACACAUGCCAUCAUAGUGGACGUGACAAUACAGUAAUUGCAACUUGAACUACUUCAAUAUGUUCAUGUUAAAUUACAACCUAAUCACAUCUAAAUUUGCAUUUAUGUUGUGGUUUCUGUCUUAAUUUCUUAAACUCUAAAAACGUCAACUUGCAGCUAAUAUAGGGUUUUUGCACAAUUUUCUCCACAUUUCUUGAAAUUGUAUCAGAUUUGACACUAAUCAAGUACUUUUUGCAUAGGUUCUACUAAAUUGACCAAAAAAACCCCCAAAAAACAACUAUUUCCUGCGGUAUGCUUCCAGCUCGAGCCUUGUAGUCUGUAGCGCUUACUGUAACUUUGUGUGUGACUUCUUCUGCAGGAACCUUUGCAAAUGUGGUGAGAACAUUGAUAAUUCUCAAGCCAAGUCAAGCUUUAUUGUCAAAUAUGCUCUCUGUGCAACAUACAGCACAGAUGAAAUUACUUUUCCCCCUCAACCAUAGUGCAAACAUGCAGUGCAUUCAAACACACACAGCUACAAAUAAGGGCAGCAAAACUGACCUCAGGACUGUUUCCAACUCAUUUUGGAAUGUCACCACCGUCUAAAAAACAAACAAAAAAAAACACAUUAAUGGAAAGUGCAACAUUAUUACCAUUCUCAUAAUUUGAUAUUAAACUGAAAAAUCUAAAUUUCAUUUUCGCUGACAGGUCAAAUUUAACCUGCGGCCUCAAUGUACACAAACCUGUAGCGCACGUAAAAAAGAAGACAUUUUUAAGUACUGAGAUUUUUGUUGUAUUUUGAGACACUUUGAGUGAAAGACUGACAUUUAGUGUAUUUAUUAUUACUGUCCAAAUGUGAAAACGGGACCACACGAUGUGUAGAGAGAGAGAGAGAGAGAGAGAGAGAGAAAACGCACAUGGCACGUCUCAGGCGACAAGUGUUGACCGCCUGGGACAGCCUUCACCCUCCCACCGGCGACCGAAAGGGAGUCCGCCCUCCUCCUGGCUCUCAUCCAGACACAACAGCCGCCCGGGCGUCCUCGGGUCAUGGAUGGCGCGAAGUCUCAGCACGUCGGCGUGGAGGAGGCAGAGGACAGGUUCCGCGUCCUCGCCUAUGACACGGCGCUCAGCACGGUGGUGGCGGUGGCGGUGUACGUGGCGCUCAAAGCCGGGCUAGACGGCGUCCGCCGGUGGCGCGCCCGCAUCUCGGUACUCGUCGUGGGCUCGGGUCCCGUGGGGCUGACGGCCGCCCUGGUCGCUGUCCGCUCGGGGAAAGUGCUGCAGUUGACCGUGCUGGACGAGCGGAACCGGAGCGCGCUGCUCUGCCGGCCGCAGCAGAUCGCCCUGGACCCACGCAGCGUGGAUUUUCUGCUGGGACUCGGCGUGGACUUUGACAACAUGGAGGGAUGCUGGCAAGAGGAGCACUUCUUCACCAGGAUCGGCGUGUUCCAAGAGUACCUGCUCAGCAUCCUGGAGCAAAAAAAGCAGCAAGUGGACGUCAGGGUGCAGCUCGGCACCAAGUUCUCCCAGGAUUAUCUGCGGCGCAUCCCAGCCGAAGAGUGGCCACGUGUGAUCGUGGUGGCCGACGGUUCAUGCGGCGACUCCUGCUCCGUGCUGGGCCUCAGCUCCGACUACACGGUGGAGUCGUGCCACGCCUACGGAGCGAACGCCAGCAUCGAGAGGCUGGACCAGAGACAGGUGCCCACUCCGGAGAUCCGCGCCCACAGUCUCUACUUUGACCUGUCCGCAUAUGGCGUGGAAGCCCUGAGGGAGCACCGCAACCCCGCGGCCAAGCCCGGGUUCCACUUGAAGAUUUACGGCACCUUCAGGAACCGCUACAUGGCCCUUGCAUGUCCCGCCUCCGACGCCAGGAUGGUCCGCUUCCUCAGACACACGGCGAACUCCUCACUUAUGAAGAACAUCUUCCAUCAGUCUUUCAACGCGUACAAGACUGACAUUGAGCCACGGCUGAACGACGUGACGCUCUACCACAUGCAGUGCAGCCGUCGCCUCUUUGAGAUCCAGCUGUCGCACAGACGUGUCAGCGCCGCCUACAUCGAGGGGGACAAUGUCGCUGUCACCGUGGAGGGAGAGGCGGCCCGCGUCCUCAACUUUGACACGGGUACUCUAAAAAUAGUGUUAUUCUUUUGGUAGAAAUUAAUUUGACUUUCUGAAAAUCUUUUGCUGCUCAUGUCCAAGUGAAAUGUUGGUUUCUGGUAUGUGCGUCAUGUGAGGCCAACUCCUCAGUGUUUCAAUACUUUUUGUGCAACUUGUUUUGCUCUAUCAAGGAGCUGAACUGCAAAAUUCAGAACAGGCAUUUUAUCCAUGAAAAUCUCCAAGCCAUUCCUGUAACUCUUCCAGUUUCUUUGUUUCAACCUGUUGAUGAUGCUAUAAACUAACUGGCUCGAGGGAUUUUGAUGUAAUUUUAUUCAUAGAGAUUGUACACUCUAUACUAAAUCCUCUUUUCCCAUUGAAAUGAAUAGAAAUGUCGUCAUCUGUCCAAGCCUCAAAACAUUGAAGCAUGUUUAUUUUU